AUGACCGAAUCAACCGCCACGGGGCUCGGCUCCAUCGCCCUCAACGGCACGUCGCCCAAAAAGGUGGCCUACUUCUACGACUCCGACAUUGGCAACUAUGCCUACGUUACCGGCCAUCCGAUGAAGCCUCAUCGCAUCCGCCUCGCCCACAGCCUGAUCAUGCAGUACAACCUGUAUCAGAAGAUGGAGAUAUACCGCGCCAAACCUGCCACCCGCGGGGAGAUGACGCAGUUCCACACGGACGAUUACAUCGACUUUUUGCAAAAGGUGACGCCCGACAACAUGGACAGCUACAUGCGGGAGCAGGGCAAGUACAACGUCGGCGACGAUUGUCCCGUCUUUGACGGCCUAUUCGAGUUCUGCGGCAUCAGCGCCGGAGGCAGCAUGGAGGGUGCGGCGCGCCUGAACCGACAAAAGUGCGACAUUGCCGUCAAUUGGGCCGGCGGUCUGCACCACGCCAAGAAGUGCGAGGCUAGUGGCUUCUGCUAUGUCAACGACAUUGUUCUCGGUAUCCUGGAGCUUCUCCGAUUCAUGAAGCGCGUCCUCUACAUCGACAUAGACGUCCAUCACGGCGACGGUGUCGAGGAAGCCUUCUACACCACCGACCGCGUCAUGACCGUCUCGUUUCACAAGUACGGCGAGUACUUCCCAGGCACCGGCGAGCUUCGGGACAUCGGCAUCGGCCAGGGCAAGAAUUAUUCCGUCAACUUCCCCCUGCGCGACGGCAUCACGGACGAUUCCUACAAAUCCAUCUUCGAGCCCGUCAUCGAGAACGUCAUGAAGUACUACCAACCCGAGGCCGUCGUCCUGCAGUGCGGAGGAGACAGUCUGUCAGGCGACCGACUGGGCUGCUUCAACCUCAGCAUGGACGGCCACGCCAACUGUGUCAACUUCGUCAAGAGCUUCGGCUUGCCCACCCUCGUUCUCGGCGGCGGCGGGUACACGAUGAGGAACGUGGCCCGCACCUGGGCCUUUGAGACCGGAGUCCUCGUCGGACAAGACAUGGAGCGAACUCUGCCGUACAACGAAUACUACGAGUACUACGCGCCCGAUUUCGAACUGAAUGUCCGUUCGUCCAACAUGGAAAACUCCAACAGCAGGGAAUAUCUCGAGAAGAUCACGGCAGCGGUCAUCGACAACCUGCGCCAGACGGGACCGGCGCCCUCCGUGCAGAUGCAGGACGUGCCCCGGAAGCCGUUUGGCGGCAUGACGGACGAGGAGGAGGCCGAGCUCGACGACCUCGACGAAGACGAGAACAAGGACGUUCGCAUGACGGAGCAUCGCUGGGACAAGAACGUCGAGAACGGGGCCGAAUUCGAACCCAGCGAUGAUGACGAGAUGGCCGCUGCCAACGGGGCUACCCGUCCGACGGCCAACAAGCGGACAUUUACCGAUUUCCACAAGGAGGCCGACACCGACAUCGACAGCGGCGAGGUGACGCCGAAAAUCCGCAAGAGCGAGGAGUCCACGAAGGAGCAGGAGGACGAUUCGCACGACAUAAACGACGACACCAUCGAGGAUGUCGCCGCUACGGAUGAGGCCGAGAAGGAGGCCGAGAAGGAAACCGAGAAGGAGGUCGAGAAGGAGGUCGAGAAGGAGGCCGAGAAGGAGCCGGCAAAAGCAGAGGAGGCAAAGGAGGCCGAGAACCCAAAGGUCGAUGACGAUGGCGACGUGGGAAUGACCGAUUCGGCCCCUGCCGAGGAAGCGACCAUUAAAGAGGAGGAGAUCGAGCCGGAGCCAACGCCGGAAGCCAAAGCCGAGCCGGCAACAAAGGAGACGACCGAGGAAGAGCCUGCCAAGGUGGAGAAGCCGGCCGAGGUGGAGAGUGCCGAGACGGCAGAAGCAACGAGGCCGGAGGAAUCGGAGCCUCAACAGUCGAUUGAGACGGAAGCGAAAGCGAACGACCCUCCGCCCACCGACGCGAUGGAGAUUGACGAGGAUAAAGAAACGACGGACAAGGACAAGGUGGGCAAAGAGCCCAGCCCAGCCAGCUAA